AUGUAUAAAGAAGAGGGACAGGAAUAUGCUAGAGUGGAGCGUCUUCUUGGGAACGGCAGACUUGAAGCAUAUUGCUUUGAUGACGUCAAGCGUUUAUGCCAUAUACGAGGCAAAUUGCGCAAAAAGGUUUGGAUAAAUGCCGGAGAUAUCAUUCUUGUUGGGCUCCGCGAUUAUCAGGAUAAAAAGGCAGAUGUCAUUCUAAAAUACCCCAAUGAUGAGGCUAGGACAUUGAAAGCCCUCGUUGAUGACAACAAUGAUAUACACUUCGAUGAAAAUGCCGCAUUUAUUACACCAAAGGACGAAGCCUCUGGCGAUGAUGAUGAUUCUGGCUCUGAUUCAGAUUCAGAUUAUAUGUUUACUGGUCGCGGCAAUCCUAACCUUCCCCCUCGUAAUGCUGUUGCUGCUGACUCUGACUCGGAAGAAUCCGAUGAGGAAGGGAGUUCUGCAGAAGAAGGUGAAGGGGAAAUUAGCUAUUGGCAGAAGAAUACUUACGGACCAGAUAAGCACAAAAAGGAUAAACGACAAAAUCAAGCUUUUAAAACUAGAGGAAGAAAAUAG